AUGAAGGGCUUUUUCCGAGUACUGCAGAUCACUGUGAAACACCAGCCAAAGUUGGGGACUGUCAGCUGCGCAAUCCAAAGUGGUGCAAAAAUUGACAAUUGUAAAGGUUUCAUGUAUGCUGAAUUCGCUCCAAGGACCCCCGACAUAAAGGUAGCUGAAACAUUCGCGGCUGAAAUAAACCCGAAAAAAGAAAAUAAUGUUGAAGUUGAAUUCAACUGCGGAGAGAGUAAGGAAGGUCUUGUAUGUGCCGCUUUAUGGGAACCCAAGGACGAGGAACCACGUACGCCCCCGAAGAGAGGAAGAGGAGGAACCGGCAGACACUCAAGCCGAUCUGGCCCGCAGGAGAAAAGAGGACAGAGGCAUUCUGGCAGGCAGGGCCAACCUGGGUCGACCGUGCAGGAAAGCCUACCUGACCAGCAUACCAGGCAGGAAGAAGAGGAAGAGACGACGUUUGACAAGCAGAGCCAAACUCACCUGGGUACUCAGCAAGGACCAAACCUGACGAUGUCUGGCGAGCCGGCAAGUCAAGCUGAAUUGGAAAACGAAAAACUGAAUAAACAAGAGCUAGAGACUUCGCAGUCGCAAGGAUAA